UUUCUCGCGCUCAGGGACUUUCCCGGGCUGCGGACUGCAACUCAGCGGCGCCUGCUGGCUGUGGAUUCUGGGCCUUGGAGUCCCGCGCCUGAGGUUGAGGAACGCCGGAGGGGCUUCCCGCGACCCCCGGACUGCUCCCCCCUCCCUCCCUUCCCGGAGGCUGCAGGAAAACGGGCUCCGGACAUUGGGCAGCCCACGAGGGUCCCAUAGGAUCCCCAUGAGGGGUUUGGCCCUCCUUUCCUUGGACCCCUCAGUCUGCUCUGGGUCGGCACCUCCGGUCCCUGUCCUCCGUCCCACUCCCAGCGUUUUUAAGGCAUGCAGGAUGCCGGGCGGUUGAAGCAUUUAACAGAUGAACAGAGUUGGAAGGGACCUUGUAGGUCAUCUAGUCCAGCCCCGCCAAGCAGGAGACCCUCCACCAUUUCUGACAGAGGGCAGCCCAGCCUCUUCUUGAAAACUUCCAUACGAUUUAUGAUGCCAUUUACAAUGGCAGACGCGGCGGUUCGUCUGAAAAGGCACAGCCAGACUCCUUAUUUUGUUUAACCAUCUUAGGUUAGACAUUCUGAAUUUAAAGUCAAGAUAGUGGGCUAAUUGGAGGAAGGAAGCAACCUGUGUCCUUAGAAAAAUCAGAGAAUCUUAAAAUAUGCAUGAACUGCAGCCACUUUUUGAGACAAAGAGGGGUCUUAAAUUAAUGGGUCCCCCCCCCAAGAUCCUUGUGGCAUCUUUGGGUCAGGGAAGGGUGUCACAGACUACGGUUAAAAUAAAAUCAAGAUAAGGCCAUUUUGAUGUGAUGUGCAUAAACAGCUGGAGCUUUCAUCACACCCCAUGGCUGCUGUUUGAUCUUUUUUUUAAUCCUGCCGAAACUUCUGAGGAAGGUGAGUCUGUGGUGGCCAAAGGUUGACACACCUGCAUUCUGGGAUGCGCCAAGACAGGCCAAGAUGCAGUUCACAGAGAAUGACUUAAUUAUUAGUCAACAGGUGUGGAGCCUGCUGCCAUGCCACCUUCAACAGGGAGGGUGGUAGAAAGAUACCGUUGCCUCAGUUUGUGUCUGUGUUGGUUGGUUGGCCUAACUUUCUGGCGUUACAUCCGUUGCCUUCCCUCUUUCACUCCCAGGCAUGGAGCAAUCCUCAAGGAUGAUGUUUGCAGGGAUUCCUGCUUCCAUUUUGACUUGUGGUUUUAUUUCACCCUGCAAAACUGGGUCCUGGACUUUGGCCGGCCCAUCGCCAUGAUCGUGCUUCCACUGGAAUGGUUUCCCCUGAACAGGCCGAGCGUUGGGGAUUAUUUUCACAUGGCCUAUAAUGUCAUCACACCCUUUAUUCUCCUGAAGCUGAUGGAGCGCUCCCCCAAGGCCCUUCCCCGCUCCAUGGUGUAUCUCUGCAUCAUCAUAUUCGUCAUGGGGUCCAGCAUCCACCUGGUGGGGGACUCUGUCAAUCACCGACUGAUCUUCAGCGGCUACCAGCUCCACCUGUCCGUCCGAGAGAAUCCAAUCAUCAAAAAUCUCAAACCGGAGACCCUGAUUGAUUCCUUUGAACUGCUGUACUAUUACGAUGAGCACCUGGGCCAUUCAAUGUGGUACAUCCCCUUCUUCCUCAUUCUGUGCAUCUAUUUUUCUGGCUGUUUCAUACCCUGCAAAGAACAGCAGCCAAGAAUCCCUGUGGCUGCUUUACUCCUCAUUGGGCCCAGCAGCCUCUAUUACUGGUACCUGGUGACGGAGGGCCAGAUCUUCACCCUCUUCAUCUUCACGACCUUCGCCCUGGUGGCGCUGGUGAUGCACCAGAAGCGGAAGGGCCUCGUCAUGGACAGCAACGGCCGCUUCCUCUUUUACUCCUUUAUCCUCACGCUGGGGCUGGUGGCCCUCUGGAUCGGCUGGCUCUGGAAUGACCAGAUCCUCCGGAAGAAAUAUCCCGGCAUCAUCUACGUUCCUGAACCCUGGGCCUUUUACACCUUGCACUGGAGGAACCUGCCCUCCGCGAAGGCCGAGAGCUCUUGAUGCGGUGGCUGCCUUUAGUUUGGGGCACGGGGUGGAUCCUUUGGGCAAGCCAGCAGGGUUUGGGUGAUGGCCAAGGAAGGGCUGGCUUGGCCUUCCUCCCGUUCAUGGCUCUUGUAUCCAGAGGAGCCUGAUUCUGUGUGGAUUCCUUUGGAAGACCCAAACUGGGGCCUCCUCCCAAAUCAAUCUUCAUGGGGAGCCCUAGGCUAGAACAAGAGGAUGUGGUUGCGGGAAGAAUACUCGGAACCCGAGUGAGAAUCUACCCAAUCCGCUGAUCUGACAUUCCUUUUGCACCAGGGUUUUUAUUUUUCCAUGGUUUAAGUCCUCUGUGAUAUAGCAUUUACAGAUUAAGAGUUGGAAGGGACCUUGUAGGUCAUCUAGUCCAACCCCCCGCCCCCCCCCCCCCACUCAAGCAGGAGACCCUACACAAUUUCUGACAAGUAGCAGUCCAAUCUCUUCUUGAAAGUCAAGUGAUGAAGCUCCCACGUGUCUGGUCUACGUAGAGUUUGUCAGAAUGUUGGAUGGAGAAGAGGGCCCAGGAGACCCCGUGUGACUUCUGUGGUUCAACCUGUCUCCCUCAUUUUGCAUUUUCCUUCCUACGUUGGGUGGAAAUCUAUGCAGAGGUGAAGAACUGCUUACUUCAUGCAGCUCAGUCUUGCUAAGUCUCUGCAUUCAGUUCUUUGAGAGCUAGUUUGAUUGUUUCCUCCUCAGAUUCACGGUGCAAGUAGAUAAUAUUAAGUCUAGUGAAUUUUGAAAUGAGGAAAAAAGACUUCCAGCCUCCUGUUUUUGCACUCACUAACAUGCACAAGUGGCAGAUACGGCUGGAAAAGGGAGAGAUUCGGUCAGGGGUGCAAAAAGCAUUGCAUUAGGUGCUGCAAACGUGAGAUUAGGAGUAGCGAACCUGCAGGAGAGAGAAAACAAAGAGGCUGCAAAGGAGGGUCAAGGAGCAGCUGCCACGUGGAAAGAGGCUGGCCGGCCCUGCACCGGUAGUCCUCAAUUUGCAACAGUUCACUUAGUGACCAUUCGAAGUUACAACAGCACUUUAAAAAGGGACUUAUGACCAUUUUUCACACAACCCUUGCAGCCUCUCCCCAGUCACGUGAUCAACAUUCAGAUGGCAACUGACUCAUGACGAUUGCACUGUCCAGAAGUCACAUGAUCCCCUUUUGUGACCUCCUGACAAGCAAAGUCCAUGGGGGGAGCCAGUUACGGUCCACAACUGUGUUGCUAACUUAACAAUUGCAGUGAUUCCCUUAACAACUCUGGCAAGGAAGAUGGUAAAACGGGUCAAAAUUCCCUUAACAAAUGUCUCCAAAAACAAACAGAAAUUUUGGACUCAAUUGUGGCUGUAAGUCAAGGACUACCUAUAGAUAGUUUAUUGUCCCCCAUAUGGAAGUUCCUGGCUUUGAGGAUGACGCCCUAUUAGCAAAUUAUCUCUCCCCAGCGGAGAAGUGCAGAGACAUCCUUUAAAGUUGAGGGGGUCUUCCCUGGAACACUUUUUUUUGGGGGGGGGGAUAUGCACAGGGAGAGAGAAAAAAAGUUAAGAGGACUCUGAGCACCCAAUCAAAGCCCCUUUCACUGGUCUACAAAUGCACUAAAUUUAGUUAAUUAAGCAAGACCCCAACCUGUCACACAGUUGCACCAUCUUGACUCUUACCCCUUUUCAGAUGCUGCUGCUAUUCUUGUACUUUGAAACUUAAAGCAGGUCUUUUGCAGCCCAGAAAGUCAUUCACUGGGAAGUCAGUGGUAGACAAUGCCCAGAUUGUUGCUAAGAGAAACAUGGACGUUUCUGGCAAGAACAGAGCUCAGCUAGAGUGAGUCUCUUCCUUUUAAUAGUGAGCUGUCUCUGUUUAGUAGCACAAAGUUUCCCCGCUUGUGACGGAACAGCUUCACCAUUCUGGAGCGUGGAAGUCACUACUAUCCAUAUUUAUCGAUGACAGGAUGCCUCUUAGGGAAUUUUUGUGCAGAAAUUGAAAAAAAGAAACCCCCCCCCUUUUUUUUUUAUGGUUUUGAUGUUUAGCUAGGAUAGGUUAUAGGAAGAAGAGUACUGUGAUGUAACUUUAGAGAGAGGUUAAAAUGUAAUUGUACUGAUAACUGCUGUGAAGAAUAUCAGAGGUCACUGCUGUGUUAGCUUUUUUCUGUUUUAACGUUUUUCUUUUGUUGCAUUUUUUGCUUUCCUUUUGCUUUCUUUCAUUUUCUCUUUAUGUUGCAUUAGUUUAUGUUUUCAAAAAAACUCUUAAUAAAAUUUUAUGAGGAAGAAAGGAAUUCUGGAGGAUGCUAAAUCCGAGAAGGCUUUGCUAGUAUAUUAUGCUCUGAGCGAGAUCUGUGAGCGGCCACUCGAUGUGGGGGAGAGAGAGAGAGAGAGAGGCUGCCUGGGAAACAAUCGGGCAAGAGUUGGCAUAGCUUCACAGCUGCAUAAGGAAAGAGAAAGAGGCCCAGAAAGGAGCCCUCCCUAACUUCUGUAGUUGUUAAGGAACCGGAGAGAUUUGUACUAUCAGACUUGCAAGAAUCUGUUCAUCUAGUUUUAUAAUAAAAGAGUAGAAUUAACUUUU